AUGGAACCAAAGAAUUUAACAGAAAUCAUAGAAUUUCUACUUUUGGGGUUGUCAAGUGAACCACAGUUACAGUCCCUCCUCUUUGGGCUCUUUCUCUCCAUGUACCUGCUCACUGUGUUGGGAAACCUUCUCCUCAUCCUGGCCAUCAGCUCAGACUCCCACCUCCACACCCCCAUGUACUUCUUCCUCUCCAACCUGUCCUUGGUAGACAUCUGCCUCACCUCCACCACCAUCCCCAAGAUGCUACACAACAUCUGGACACAGAGCAAAACCAUCACCUAUGCAGGCUGCAUCUCACAGAUGUACUUUUUCUUGCUCUUCGCAGCAUUGGAUGACUUCCUCCUGACUGUGAUGGCAUAUGACCGCUAUGUGGCCAUCUGUCACCCCCUGCAUUACACAGUCAUCAUGAACCCCCAGCUCUGUGGUCAGCUGAUGCUGGUGUGCUGGGUUGUAAGUGAGCUCCAUUCCUUAUUAGAAAGCUUCCCAGUGCUUCAACUGUCCUUCUGUACAAACCUGGAAAUCCCACAUUUUUUCUGUGAACUCAACCAAAUGAUUCAACUUGCCUGUUCUGACACUCUUCUAAAUGACAUUGUGAUGUACUUGUCUGCUGUGUUGCUGGGUGGUGGCCCACUGUCUGGGAUCCUCUACUCUUACUCUAAGAUUAUCUCUUCCAUAUUAAGAAUUUCCUCAGCUCAGGGGAAGUCCAAAGCCUUUUCCACCUGUGCCUCUCACCUCUUGGUUGUCUUCUUAUUUUAUUGUACAAGCAUAGGAGUGUAUCUUAGUUCUAUUGGUGCUCAUGGCUCUAAGUCAAGUGCUGUAGCCUCAGUGAUGUACACUGUGGUCACCCCCAUGCUGAACCCCUUCAUCUACAGCCUCAGAAACAAAGACAUCAAGAGGGCUCUGGGAAGACUUUGGGCAAGGAAAUAGGUAAGUUAAUUCUGUGAGGUUUAGAAUACAUCUAUGAUUCACGACUUGGAUCUUGAAAGUAAUCAUUUGCUGGAAUUUAAAAUGAAUGGGAAGUUAGGAUUUACUGCUCUGAUAGAUCUUGUUGAGUCUUUUCAUUUUCAACUUCAGUAUAUAUAUUUUAAUCCUCUUAAUUAUACCUUCUGAUUUCCUGUGCUGAAAAUUUUAUUUUCUCUUAUCUCUUAGUAUUCCUAAAUGAAUUCAGAUUAUUAUUUUUAUUUUUUUGUUUAUAUUUAUUUAUUUUCCCUCUUGUUGCUCUUGUUUUAUUGUUGUUGUUGUUAUUGAUGUCAUCCUUGUUAGAUAGGGCAGAGAGAAGUGGGGAGAGGAGGGAAUAACAGAGAGGAGGAGUAAAAGAUAGACACCUACAGACCUGCUUCACAGGCUGUGAAGCGACUCCCCUGCAGGUGGGGAGCCGGGGGCUCGAAUUGGGAUCCUUACACUGGUCCUUGCACUUUGCACCAUGUGCACUUAACCUGCUGUGCUACCUCCCAACU